AUGAUGUCAAUUUUUAGAAGAAGAUUUAGUCUGUAUGCAAAUACUUUUAAAAAAUCAAUCGAGGAGCCAGAAGAGUUCUGGAAAGAAGCUGCGAAAAGAGUAGCAUGGGACAAGCCUUUCAAUAAAGUCUUGGAUUCCUCGAGAGCUCCACUUUAUAGAUGGUUCCCAGAUGGGAAGCUUAAUAUGUGCUAUAACUGUCUCGAUGGUAAAACAUAAAACUUUAAUAACAAAAUUACCUAUGCAGUAUUUCGCCCCUAAGGUAUUAAAAACGUGAUUUAUAGGACAAUUGAACAUAUAUUAAAUGCUUUAUUUCCUAUCCAGAAUUAAUACAGGAUUUGCAUAUGUUAAAAAUUUAAUAUGCUAAUAAAUAAGAGAUUUAGUAGAGAAGCACGCCAGAUUUAGACUUGAUAUAGCAUUUUAAAACGAUGAAUCCAGUUGAAUUCAGCUAUAAAAUAGAUAGACGCAAAUAAAUCAAUUCAAGCAAAAUUAUCUAUCAUUAACGCAUAUAUAAUUUAGUAGUAAUUGCGCUAAAUUAACGGAUUUUAACAGAUUAAUCUCUGCAUAUAGCUUAUUUCGGAUGUAAAACAUGAUAUAUCUCAUUUAAAUUAAUACUAAAAUAUGAGCCAAACUUGCUAGCCAUAUAAAAAUUCUGUAUUUAUUAGGGAUACAAGACUAAAAAUUUGAUAUGAAGGGUAGAGUGAUUUCAUGCUUGAACAUCUCGAUAGGCACGUGUUAGCAGGGGAUGGGAAGAACUGGGGAAUCAUUUAUGAUAGUCCUAUGAUGAAUCGUGUCAUGCACUAUACCUAUGAGGAACUGCUUGAAGAAGUCCAAAAGUUGGCAGGCGCCAUGGCAUUCAAGCAUAAUGUCAAAGUAGGUGACCGAGUUGUUAUAUAUAUGCCACUUGUACCUGAAGCUAUUAUCGCUAUGCUUGCAUGUGCAAGAAUAGGCGCAAUCCAUUCUGUUGUUUUUGGAGGAUUUUCGGCAAAAGAAUUAGCAAACAGAAUUGUUGACAGCAAAGCGAAAUUAAUUAUUACAGCAAAUGCAGGAUUAGAGCCUAAUAAGAUAAUCCCGUAUGAGCCGAUUGUAAAUGAAGCCACUACUUUAGCAGAAGCAAGGCUUCCGGGUGCUGAGCAUAUCCAGAGGAUUGUAUUAAAUCGACAUUUAAAUGUAAAAUUCAAGCUUCAACCUAAUAGAGAUCAUGAUUUCUAUGAAGAAUUGAUGAAUUCUAAGCCAUUCACUUCUGUAAUUAGUGUUUCUUCUACUCAUCCAUUGUAUAUUUUAUAUACAUCAGGGACGACUGGAACUCCUAAAGGUGUAGUCAGAGAUACAGGUGGUCAUGCAGUUGCUUUAGACAAUGCUAUGAAAUGGGUAUAUGGAAUUGACAAAGGUGAUGUGUUUUGGGGUGCUAGUGAUAUCGGUUGGGCUGCUGGCCACACUUGCAUUGUUUAUGGGCCUUUGAUAAAAGGAGCUACAUCAAUCCUAUAUGAAGGAAAGCCAGUAGGUACUCCAGAUGCUGGAGCUUGGUGGAGAGUUAUUCAGCAGCAUGAGGUUAAAAGCUUGUUUGUCGCUCCUACAGGAGUUAGAUCUAUUAAAAAAGAAGAUCCAUUAGGGAAGUUGAUGAGGAGAUAUAAUUUAGACUCUCUUCAGCAUUUCGGAGUCGCUGGAGAAAGAUGUGAUCCUGAUACUGUGCAUUGGCUUCGAGAGCAUUUACCUAAAAAUGCGUUAAUCAAUGAUCAUUGGUGGCAGACUGAAGCAGGAUGGCCGAUGAUUGGAAAUUUCUCAGGUCUGGAUCGAUUUGAAACAAAGCCUGGGAGUGCGACAAAGCCUGUCCCAGGAUGGGACAUGCAUAUAAUAAAAGAUGACUUAACUGAAGCCGCACCUGAUGAGCCUGGGAAAAUAUGUGCAAAAUUGCCGACACCUCCUGGUUUCGUUCUUUCAUUAUGGGAAAGUGAUGAGGCUUUUAUUAAAAAGUACAUGUCUGAAAUCCCUGGAUAUUACUUAUCAGGGGAUGAAGGCUAUAAGAUCUUGAGAUGUUUAAUUAAUUAGGGCUUAUUUUUUUGAUUCCACAGAGAGUGUCACAUAGCUGUUGGGCUUGAACUUAAGUCCUAAAUAUUGAAGUCAUAUGCAAUCUUGCACGCCCAUUUUUAUUAGACAGUGGAGCACUCCUAAAUAAUGACACUCUAGCCUUGCCAACAAAUCUUAUGGGGGCAUGUUGGUUGAGUCCAGACUUGACUCCUGCGCACGUUCUGCUUAAGGGUCUCCCUCUUCUAGAGUGAUAAGUAGAAAUCUUUUGCCUUCAAGUUCUCGGAAGAGCUAAUUUCGAUAAUAUGACUUUUUAUUAUUAUGAUGAUUAUAAAGAUCAAGACGGUUAUUUCAACAUUAUGGGAAGAAUUGAUGACGUUAUUAAUAUUGCAGGACAUAGAUUCAGCACUGGAGCCUAUGAAGAAUGCAUUUGUUUCCAUCCAAAUGUGGCAGAAUGCGCCGUUAUUGGAGUUUAUGAUGAUAUUAAAGGAGAAAUCCCUGUUGCAUUUGUUAUUCCAAAGACUGGAUCACAGCUCUCAGAUGCCGAUUUAACUCAUGAAAUUAUAACGAAAAUAAGGAAAGAUAUCGGAGCUGUAGCCAGCUUGAAAACUUGCAUAAUAGUAAAAAGACUUCCUAAGACAAGAAGUGGGAAAAUUCCAAGAGUCCUUUUAAGGAAAAUAGCUAAUGGAGAGUCUUAUACACCUCCAGCAACUCUUGAAAGCCUAGAUGUUUUAGAUGAAAUGAAAGUUGCAUUAGAAGAGCACGGCUAUCCAAGAAAAGAUUUAAAAUCGGCAGUAUAG